AAACAGAAGGGUGGGAUAAGUAUGCUAGGACGAGACAGGACGGCCAAUAGGGUAGCUUGAUGUAAAAGUACACGCCCCCGUGGACAGGAAGCUGUGAUGGGUUGAGUCUGCGAGACACGACGUGUGAGUUUCCAUUAUGAUGACGUUACUGAUUUAAGCUUUCUCCGUCCUCUAUAGACGUGGUCUGUCACUGCCCAGGUUAAUGUGUAAUUAAAAGUACAACAUUAUUCAGCUGAUAAAAUGAACAAAAUAUUUGAACAAGCUAAAUAUGAGGAACAAUGUAAUAAAUCAAACUUCAACUGCAGAAAAGGAUGCUGGUAAUAUGCAAUUGUUUCUGCACAUGCGUUUUUGAAAAGUAUGCUUUUAAUAUAUUUUUUGGAGAUUACAUUAUUUUUGAAAAUUUAGCAAAUGUAUAAAUACAUUUAAAAAACUGAAAUAUCAGAUUCAAAUCAGUAUUCAGACCCUUUAUUCAGUACUUAGUUGAAACACCUUUGGCAGCGAUUACAGCUUUGAGUCUUCUUGGGUAUGACUCUACAAACUUGGCACACCUGUAUUUGGGGAGUUUCCCUUUCUUCUCUGCAGAUCCUCUCAAGCUCUGUCAGGUUGGUUAGUGUUAGGUUCUGUCUGUCUAACCAGGUUCUGUCUAACCACACUGACAUGUACAGCUCUCUGGGUGAGGUUCUGUCUGUCUAACCAGGUUCUGUCUAACCACACUGACAUGUACAGCUCUCUGGGUGAGGUUCUGUCUGUCUAACCAGGUUCUGUCUAACCACACUGACAUGUACAGCUCUCUGGGUGAGGUUCUGUCUGUCUAACCAGGUUCUGUCUAACCACACUGACAUGUACAGCUCUCUGGGUGAGGUUCUGUCUAACACACUGACAUGUACAGCUCUCUGGGUGAGGUUCUGUCUGUCUAACCACACUGACAUGUACAGCUCUCUGGGUGAGGUUCUGUCUGUCUAACACACUGACAUGUACAGCUCUCUGGGUGAGGUUCUGUCUGUCUAACCAGGUUCUGUCUAACACACUGACAUGUACAGCUCUCUGGGUGAGGUUCUGUCUGUCUACCACACUGACAUGUACAGCUCUCUGGGUGAGGUUCUGUCUGUCUAACCACACUGACAUGUACAGCUCUCUGGGUGAGGUUCUGUCUGUCUAACACACUGACAUGUACAGCUCUCUGGGUGAGGUUCUGUCUGUCUAACACACUGACAUGUACAGCUCUCUGGGUGAGGUUCUGUCAAACACACUGACAUGUACAGCUCUCUGGGUGAGGUUCUGUCUGUCUAACACACUGACAUGUACAGCUCUCUGGGUGAGGUUCUGUCUAACACACUGACAUGUACAGCUCUCUGGGUGAGGUUCUGUCUAACACACUGACAUGUACAGCUCUCUGGGUGAGGUUCUGUCUGUCUAACACACUGACAUGUACAGCUCUCUGGGUGAGGUUCUGUCUAACACACUGACAUGUACAGCUCUCUGGGUGAGGUUCUGUCUAACACACUGACAUGUACAGCUCUCUGGGUGAGGUUCUGUCUAACACACUGACAUGUACAGCUCUCUGGGUGAGGUUAUGUCUGUCUAACACACUGACAUGCACAGCUCUCUGGGUGAGGUUCUGUCUGUCUAACCAGGUUCUGUCUAACACACUGACAUGUACUGCUCUCUGGGUGAGGUUCUGUCUGUCUAACACACUGACAUGUACAGCUCUCUGGGUGAGGUUCUGUCUAACACACUGACAUGUACAGCUCUCUGGGUGAGGUUCUGUCUAACCACACUGACAUGUACAGCUCUCUGGGUGAGGUUCUGUCUGUCUAACACACUGACAUGUACAGCUCUCUGGGUGAGGUUCUGUCUGUCUAACACACUGACAUGUACAGCUCUCUGGGUGAGGUUCUGUCUGUCUAACACACUGACAUGUACAGCUCUCUGGGUGAGGUUCUGUCAAACCACACUGACAUGUACAGCUCUCUGGGUGAGGUUCUGUCAAACCACACUGACAUGUACAGCUCUCUGGGUGAGGUUCUGUCUGUCUAACACACCGACAUGUACAGCUCUCUGGGUGAGGUUCUGUUUAACCACACUGACAUGUACAGCUCUCUGGGUGAGGUUCUGUCUGUCUAACACACUGACAUGUACAGCUCUCUGGGUGAGGUUCUGUCUGUCUAACACACUGACAUGUACAGCUCUCUGGGUGAGGUUCUGUCUAACACACUGACAUGUACAGCUCUCUGGGUGAGGUUCUGUCUGUCUAACACACUGACAUGUACAGCUCUCUGGGUGAGGUUCUGUCUAACACACUGACAUGUACAGCUCUCUGGGUGAGGUUCUGUCUGUCUAACACACUGACAUGUACAGCUCUCUGGGUGAGGUUCUGUCUGUCUAACACACUGACAUGUACAGCCCUCUGGGUGAGGUUCUGUCUGUCUAACACACUGACAUGUACAGCUCUCUGGGUGAGGUUCUGUCUGUCUAACACACAGACAUGUACAGCUCUCUGGGUGAGGUUCUGUCUGUCUAACACACUGACAUGUACAGCUCUCUGGGUGAGGUUCUGUCAAACCACACUGACAUGUACAGCUCUCUGGGUGAGGUUCUGUCUGUCUAACACACUGACAUGUACAGCUCUCUGGGUGAGGUUCUGUCUGUCUAACCAGGUUCUGUCUAACACACUGACAUGUACAGCUCUCUGGGUGAGGUUCUGUCUGUCUAACACACUGACAUGUACAGCUCUCUGGGUGAGGUUCUGUCUGUCUAACACACUGACAUGUACAGCUCUCUGGGUGAGGUUCUGUCUGUCUAACACACUGACAUGUACAGCUCUCUGGGUGAGGUUCUGUCUGUCUAACACACUGACAUGUACAGCUCUCUGGGUGAGGUUCUGUCUGUCUAACACACUGACAUGUACAGCUCUCUGGGUGAGCUUCUGUCUGUCUAACACACUGACAUGUACAGCUCUCUGGGUGAGGUUCUGUCUGUCUAACACACUGACAUGUACAGCUCUCUGGGUGAGGUUCUGUCUAACCACACUGACAUGUACAGCUCUCUGGGUGAGGUUCUGUCUGUCUAACACACUGACAUGUACAGCUCUCUGGGUGAGGUUCUGUCUGUCUAACACACUGACAUGUACAGCUCUCUGGGUGAGGUUCUGUCUGUCUAACACACUGACAUGUACAGCUCUCUGGGUGAGGUUCUGUCAAACCACACUGACAUGUACAGCUCUCUGGGUGAGGUUCUGUCUGUCUAACACACUGACAUGUACAGCUCUCUGGGUGAGGUUCUGUCUGUCUAACACACUGACAUGUACAGCUCUCUGGGUGAGGUUCUGUCUGUCUAACACACUGACAUGUACAGCUCUCUGGGUGAGGUUCUGUCUGUCUAACACACUGACAUGUACAGCUCUCUGGGUGAGGUUCUGUCUGUCUAACACACUGACAUGUACAGCUCUCUGGGUGAGGUUCUGUCUGUCUAACACACUGACAUGUACAGCUCUCUGGGUGAGGUUCUGUCUGUCUAACACACUGACAUGUACAGCUCUCUGGGUGAGGUUCUGUCAAACCACACUGACAUGUACAGCUCUCUGGGUGAGGUUCUGUCUGUCUAACACACUGACAUGUACAGCUCUCUGGGUGAGGUUCUGUCUGUCUAACACACUGACAUGUACAGCUCUCUGGGUGAGGUUCUGUCUGUCUAACCAGGUUCUGUCUAACACACUGACAUGUACAGCUCUCUGGGUGAGGUUCUGUCUGUCUAACACACUGACAUGUACAACUCUCUGGGUGAGGUUCUGUCUGUCUAACACACUGACAUGUACAGCUCUCUGGGUGAGGUUCUGUCUGUCUAACCAGGUUCUGUCUAACACACUGACAUGUACAGCUCUCUGGGUGCGGUUCUGUCUGUCUAACACACUGACAUGUACAGCUCUCUGGGUGAGGUUCUGUCUGUCUAACACACUGACAUGUACAGCUCUCUGGGUGAGGUUCUGUCUGUCUAACACACUGACAUGUACAGCUCUCUGGGUGAGGUUCUGUCUGUCUAACACACUGACAUGUACAGCUGUGGUUAGAGUGUAGAGGCGGCAGGGUAGCCUAGUGGUUAGAGUGUAGAGGCGGCAGGGUAGCCUAGUGGUUAGAGUGUAGAGGUGGCAGGGUAGCCUAGUGGUUAGAGUGUAGAGGCGGCAGGGUAGCCUAGUGGUUAGAGUGUAGAGGCGGCAGGUAGUCUAGUGGUUAGAGUGUAGAGGCGGCAAGGUAGUCUAGUGGUUAGAGUGUAGAGGCGGCAGGGUAGCCUAGUGGUUAGAGUGUAGAGGCGGCAGGGUAGCCUAGUGGUUAGAGCGUUGGACUAGUAACCGGAAGGUUGCAAGUUCAAACCCCCGAGCUGACAAGGUACAAAUCUGUCGUUCUGCCCCUGAACAGGCAGUUAACCCACUGUUCCCAGGCCGUCAUUGAAAAUAAGAAUUUGUUCUUAACUGACUUGCCUAGUUAAAUAAAGGUAAAAUAAAAAAAUAAAAUAAAAACAUCAGACUGUAGAAUCGGUGUUCUGCUAAUAUAUAACAAACGGACAACAUAUUACACUUGUCUUUCAUCUUCUAUUGUCAGUCACAGCUGAAACAGAUACUGUAUCAUGUUUGUUUUUAAAUUUUGAAUGUUACCCCUUUUUCUCCCCAAUUUCGUGGUCUCCAAUUGUUGUAGUAGCUACUAUCUUGUCUCAUCGCUACAACUCCUGUACGGGCUCGGGAGAGACGAAGGUUGAAAGUCAUGCGUCCUCCGAUACACAACCCAACCAAGCCGCACUGCUUCUUAACACAGCCAGCAUCCAACCCGGAAGCUAGCCGCACCAAUGUGUCGGAGGAAACACCGUACACCUGGUAACCUUGGUUAGCGCGCACUGCGCCCGGCCCGCCACAGGAGUCGCUGGUGUGUGAUGAGUCAAGGACACCCCUACCGACCAAGCCCUCCCUAACCUGGACGACGCUAGGCCAAUUGUGCGUCGCCGCACGGACCUCCCGGUCGCGGCCGGUUACGACAGAGCAAACCCAGAGUCUCUGGUGGCACAGCUGGCGCUGCAGUACAGCGCCCUUAACCACUGCGCCACCCGGGAGGCCGGAUACUGUAUCAUUAUUGUCUGGUGUUGUCAUACCUUCCUGUAUGGCUUCUCUUAUCCCUCACAAUUGAUAGUACCAUUCUAUUCAAUAAUGACAACAGACUAUAUAAAAUAAUAAUG